CAGCUGGUUUCCUUCUUUUCCAGCCCUUUCCAUCCUCUGCUCCUCUCAUUUCAUGUUGUCCCAUUUUCCCUCCUCCCCUCCCACUCUUUUCCUCCGUGGCAGCACUCCGGCUGCCUGCGUCAGCCAGCCUGUGCCAGUCACCAAAAGCUGCUGCUGGAGGUUGCCUUAUCCUGCAGUAUGUGUGUGUGUGCACAGAUGGGAGAAUGAGUGAGUCAGGGAAGGCUGCCUCUCAUCGCCCUCCGUCUGCUGCCAUGGAGCUCCAUCACGCUGAAUCUCAACCACAUCCACAGGAAGGGCUGAGUAGGUAGACUGCUGUGACUGCGGGGGCUUCAGCCACGAUGAGGACAGCUUCUCCGGGGUCGUGGACGUCUGGCUCUGCCGUUGUGUUCUUUAACACGCUGGCUCUGUCCUGGACAGGUGCAGCUGACUCCGUUCUAAAAAUCAACGGCCAGCAUCAGGCGGCCGUGACGCUGCAGGAAAAUAUGACGCUCAAGUUCAACUGCCAGACAGACAGCUGGGACCCCCGCGCCCCCCCGCUGCUGACCUGGUACCUGAACGGGGUGCAGCAGAAAGAGCCAUCAUCAAACCGUGGUCGUCUGACUGCAACAUCCAAGAAAGACUCUAAGGUCACACGACCGGGGACCAAUCACAACAGCACCUUCUCUCUGCAGGCCAGAAAGUGGGACAGGGAGCUGGUAUGUGUGGCUUUAAAUCCCAGCACAGGACAAAGCUACAAUGCAACCAUCACACUCAACGUCCAGUUCCAGCCGGAGAUCCUCAGGGUGAACGCUCACUUCACUGAAACCUCAGACCCGGGCCUUUCCCUGGUCCUCUUUGCCUUGGUUCGGUCCAACCCGUCAGCCACCAUCUCCUUUGUGGACCAGCUGGGCCAGCCUGUGGCCAACACCUCAGACUUGCUCACGCUGGACUCACAGAGGUACCCCUGGCUGAACAACCACACUUUGAGGGUCAGACUCAGCAGCCUGUCAGGGAACAUCUCACUGAACGCCAGCAACAGCGUGGGAGCAGUGCAGAGCAACCUCACUCUGGCAGAGUUCCUGCAGUCCCGUGUGGAGGUGCCCAUGUUGGGAAUAGUGACCGGAGGGGCCAUGGCCUUCAUGGCCCUCCUCAUCCUAAGCCUGAUAGUUCUCUGCCUCAUGCAAAAAAACAAGAGCAAGUCCUUCGAUGAGCCAGUUGAGAUUGUAAUGACAACCAAAAGUGAGUCUGCCAAUCUGCAGACAGGCAGAGCGGACAAAGCCCACAUCCCCAGAGAGAACAUGUCUCUGCCUUCAAACAUGCAGCUUAAUGACCUCAGCACUUUACGGAAAGCCCGGCAGACGGCCCUGCAGAUCAGAGUGGGAGAGAAAGAUGAAGAGGAGGAGGAAGAUCUCUCAUUAGCUUAUGCGGCAAGAGGAUUUGCCAGGUACCCCAUGGUGGGCUACAUCUACAAAGUGAACAGCACAAGCAGUGAGGAGAUCUGGCUCUGACUGCCCCCGGUGUUGGAUGUACCCUACAUGCAUGCAAGACUACUUUAAUCUGAGCGGCUUGUCGGAUCUGAACCCAGAAUGAACUCUGAAGCAGCAAAGCGGAAACCUUCAUCCAGGGAUGAUGUGGGUUUGGAGAUCAACAUCGUCACUAAAGUCCCACUCCCAUCAUCUUUGAUCUGUCUUCAAAGCGUUUCCACUGGUCUUUUCAUUAUGUUUAUGCCGUUUUUAGCCAGAAUCAAAUAACUUGUGUCAUUAGGACAUAGUCUCUGCAGAGCAGCAGGAGUUCAUCAGACAUUCACCUCUGGGUUGUGGGGGGGGGUCAUUGGCAUGGAGAACCCGCCCGCUUAAAGCC